AUGGCGAUCCAGAUGACGGAGGAGCAGCUCCUUCGCCUGCUCAGCGCGACGCGGCGCAUGGACGCGCCCGCCGCAACCCCGCAAGAAAGUUUCGCCCGCUGCACGGCGAGAUACGACGGAGCACGCUGCAGACAACGGCUCGAGGAGUUCAUAGCCACCGCCUUGAUAUUCAAGGAUAUCGAAAACAUCACAGACGGCAACGCGGUGAAGGGACUCCCGCUCCUCCUCGAAGGAGAAGCCGCCAUCUGGUGGCAAGGCGUAAAAACGAACCACGCAACAUGGCGCCAGGCCAUGGACGCCCUACAGCAGCAGUACGCACCACGUCGGUCGGCCCCUACAAUAUAUGCAGAACUGUUUGCAACCAAGCAGGAUGGCCGCGUCUCCACAGACGCCUUCCUAGCGGGGAAAAGGGCCCUGCUGGCCGAGCUUCCACACCGCCAUGAGGAAGGCAUUCAACUGGACAUGGUAUACGCGCUCCUGAAACUAAGCCUGAGGUAUAAAAUACCGCGACGCAGCGUGACAACGUUUGACGACCUCACUCAGAGGGCAAGGGAAAUAGAGGCCUUCGAACAGGAACGCAAGUCCAGCCAGCCAAUAGUCAGAAGGGAGCCGUCACCAACCAAGAAUCGUGUGAGGUGCACCUACUGUAGGAAGGACGGGCACUCCACAGAAGAAUGCCGAAGAAGACGUCGGGAGCAAACCACGACACCGACGCAACCGGCACAGCCCGCACCAACCACCGUUCGGUGUUAUGGCUGCGGGAAAGCGGGCUAUGUACGAAGCCGCUGCCCCAACUGUACACAAGCCCAAUUGUCCAGCAUCGAACCAGCCGAGUUCUGCGCAAUUUCCGCCACGCAGCAAUGCCCGCGACCAUCAGUCAUGGUACGCAUACAUGGUCACUCAGGCUAUGCCUUCUUCGACACAGGGGCAAAAACCAGCGUUGCGAGCAAAGGGCUGCAUAAAGUGCUCGCGGACAGCGGAAUACGCUUCCAACGAAGCCAGAUGAGAGUUGCCUUGGCAGACGGACACCCACGGACCAGGACCAUCCUAGGAGCCCAUCUCACGGUAUCCCUAAAUGGCCACACUAUCAAAGCACCAUUCAUCGUACUCCUAGAAGCAGAAGAAAACAGAACCCUCCUGGGAAUGGACUUCUUGGAAAUGGCCGGGGUGGUUAUCAAUAUACCGCAGAGGGCAUGGCACUUCCUCGACCGACCAGAUCGACAAUAUCUGUUCAAUGCAGAACCAUGCAUUGAGGAGCUGCCACGAAGGACGAAGCGUCCACCCAACAGCACACUGAUGUCCAUUGAUGCGCGACACCACGCCAACCGGCAGCAGGAGAAACACCGCCAGGACAAGGGCCAAACGCCACCGCCGACCGAAGAGAAGGACGAUCGGGAAAUUAUCGACGAGCUAUUUGAACGCUGCUUCUCAGGAUACGUUGAGCUAGCGGCUGUCGAAACCGAGAUCAGAGCGGACGAGCCCCGAACCCUUCCUUCGGAAUCCAGGCAAGAGCUGUCCACCCUCCUAGAACAGCACCGGGACCUGUUCGAAAACCACGGGGACCCCACAAACCACGCCGAACAUCGGAUCGAGACGGGCGACAACGCCCCAAUCGCAGUUCCCCCGUACCGCCUGUCACCAGCCAGGAAAUUCGCACUCCGCGAAGAGCUAAACCAAAUGCUGGCAGACGACGUAAUCGCGGAAUGUGAAUCGCCAUGGGCAGCUCCCGUGGUGUUGGUUAACAAACGGGACGGAGGAAUACGCGUAUGCGUCGACUGUCGCCGUCUUAACGCGAUAACCACGACGGACGCCUACCCUCUCCCAAGGAUCGACGAUCUACUGCACUCGGCACCGAAGCCAGCCAUCAUGACAGCCCUGGACCUAAAAGCCGGGUACUGGCAAGUACCGGUUAGGAAACAGGACCAGGAGAAAACGGCAUUCACGACCCCCUUUGGGAUAUACUGCUUCCAACGAAUGCCGUUUGGCCUUAAAAAUGCACCGGCCACCUUCCAGCGGCUCAUGGACCGCUUCAAGAGUAAUUUCCCUGGGCUAACAAUGGUCGCAUAUUUGGACGACCUCCUCAUCUUCUCGGCCUCAUGGGAAGACCACCGCAACGACUUGCGAGCGGUAUUCGAGCGCCUACGGACGUUCAAAUUACGGUUGAAUCGAGGAAAAUGCCGAUUCGCAUGCGCCCAGAUCCGAUAUCUGGGACAUAUCAUCUCGAACAAAGGACUUCAACCCGACCCCAAGAAGAUCCAAGCGAUCCUGGACCGCCCGAAGCCCCAAAACCUCCGAGAACUCAUGGGGUUCGUACAAACCUGCUCGUGGUUUCGCCGAUUCAUAAAAGAUUUCGUAGCGACAGCGGAGCCCCUCACGCGCCUCACGCGCAAAAACGCCACUUGGACCUGGGAAUCCGAGCAACACGAGGCAUUCCUACGCCUCCAGAAGAUGUUGACCGAGGCCCCGAUCCUCCAGCCAGCGGACAGCACGAAACCGUACAAAAUCCGCUCCGACGCCAGCGGAUACGCCAUCGGAGCCGUUCUACUACAAGGGGACCCGACGGCAGAGCACCCGGUCGAGUACGCAAGCCGCUUACUAUCGGCCGCGGAGAAAAACUAUUCCACUACGGAACGGGAAGCAUUAGCCGUCGUCUGGAGCAUCUCUAAGUUCCGGGGAUACAUCGAAGGCGCGCAAAUCCAAGUCAUUUCAGAUCACCAACCGCUCCGAUGGCUAUUCGGCCUCAAAACGCCCAGCGGACGACUGGCCCGAUGGGCCCUAUUACUGCAGCCCUACAACCUGGUCGUUGACUACGCCCCAGGAAAAGCCAACGUGGUCGCCGAUUUCCUCUCGCGACCGCCCCCGAGUCUCCAGGACCAGGGGGAGCCAAGCAGGGUGAGCUUAGUCAGCAUCGACUUCCCGACUAGGGGGAGCGCUGAGCUGCGCGAAAGCCAACUCAGGGACGAACACCUACAGAACAUCAUCAACAGUUUCGAGGACACCGACCAAGGAGAAGAAUUCCUCCGCUGGACCCAGCGCGGCUACCUGCUCGCCAACGAGUCCUGUACCGCUUCUCGCCCGACAUCGAUGGCUAGGACGCGCAAUUCGUCGUACCAGAGCACGAGCGAGAACACGUACUUCGUGAGUAUCACGAUUCUCCUACCGCUGGUCACUACGGCACGGAAAGAACGAUCCAACGGAUCGCCUCCCGGUUCUUCUGGCCCCACCUCCGACGAGACGUCGUCCGACACGUCCGAAAUUGCGUACCCUGCCAGAGGUACAAGGCCACGAACCUUCGACCCGCGGGACUGA